UUCUGAACGAACGACACAAGUCUAGAGGAACUAUUUUGCUGACGGACGAACAUGAGCGUUGUUCCCGGGCGACAGGUUCUUCAAUGGACUCUGAGAAAUGCAACCUGCCCUGUCCUGAGUAUAAGAACCAUCCUUGGAAGACACAAACCAGUUUUCUCAAUAUGCAGGCUCUACUGUUCCACCCACAACCAGGCUAGCACCCCUCAUCAACCCACCACCCUGUCACAGCAACAACUGCAGCCUGGGAGGGAACUGUCCCUGCAAGCUCUCCUCGACAUGGGCUUCACAGACACCCAGGCAGAUCAAAUGCUUGAGCAAGCAACCCAGGGUAGAGCAGGGCAGAGUGAACAUGCCACUUCUACUCUUAUGGUUCUGUUUGUUCUGGGCUUCAAGCCAUCUAAUGUGCUGAAGGUGUUGGAAAAGUGUCCAGAGUUAUUCUGUGUGAAGGGCACUCAUCUUGAGCAACGUAUGGACAACCUGAGGAGACUGGGUCUGCUUGAAGGCGGUCUCCAGCGGGUGGUGAUUCACUAUCCUCAGAUCCUGACCCUUCCUUUAAAACGGGUGAACACAGUGGCCCGGUUCCUCAAGGAGAAGUGUGCUUUUACUGUCCAGCAGGUCACCGACAUCUUGAGGGACUGUCCUGCUGUGGUGCAGUAUGACCUGGGUCAGCUGGAGUACAAGUUCCAGUAUGCCUAUUUCCGCCUGGGGGUCAGGCAGUCGGAGAUUGUGAAGUCCAAGCUGUUCCGUGUCCCUCUGGAUGAAGUACGCGGCCGUCACUGCUUCCUGGAACGGAGGGGUCUCUACCAGACCCCAGACAAGAAGGGCCAGACCCUCAUUGUCAACCCCAAACUAAAUGACUUCCUUGCUGUCCCAGAAGAAACCUACGUAACCAACGUCGCCAUGGCAACACAGGAGGAGUUUGAGGUGUUCAAGAAGCUGAUGGCAAGGGAAUGGCUAGAGUACGAUGAUUGUCAGGAAAGGGACAUGGUAGCUGACAGUGAUGAUGCGGAAGAUGACGAUGACAGCGAGGAUGAGGACAAUUUGAAAAAUCCGUACAGGAAAAGAAGAAAGCGAUGAUGGUAAAGACUGAGUGUGACAUCUGAUAUCUGAAAAAUAAUCGACAUUCAAAAUGAUCUAGCCUGAAAUCACAAUACAAAAGAGGUUGAUCGCUUACAUUUUGACUGUUAUAUGAACAUUGAGUACCACUGUGUGUCAUCAAUGACUGUCCAUUCAUUGAAUAAACGGACAAUUGUAAAAACA